AUGACAAAAUCCAAAAAACCCACCAAAACCCUAAUCAAAUCCCUCCCUAAAAACUCUGCCCAAAACCCUAACUCUCUUCCUGUUGAAGUUGAGCCUAUUAUCCUCACCUCUCUUCCUGUCAAAUCCCUUUUACAAUUCAGAUCUGUCUCCAAAACAUGGCUUUCCGUCAUUGAUAACCCUUUCUUUGCUUAUUCCCACCUAUCCCGUGCCGAAACCCGGCUCGGGGUUGGAGGGAGCAGUAGUUCUCGUAUCCUUAUCACUUUCUCCAACUCUGAUGGAUCUAGGCAUUACCUUUACUCGGUCGGCCUCUUCGGAGGCCGUGCUGUCCAUCAUCUUACCUUACCCAGAAUCGGAAUCGGAAUUGGAACCGGAACCGAAGGUCCUAUGUCAAAGUGUAACUUUCUUAGCCCUGUAAAGGGUUUAGUGUGUUUCUUUAAUGGCAAGAAUGUAUUUGUUUGUAACCCUAGUACAAGAAAAGUCAGAAGUAUCCCUCCUUGCCCUAAUAAUUACAAAAAUACCACUCUAAAUUCUUAUUUUCAUAAGCCCUUUUGUUCUUACUCUUUUGGGUUUGAUUCUUCUUCUAACGUUUUCAAGAUCUUGAAUAUUUUCGGCACUAUCAGUAAAGAUGAUAACAAGUUGUACAAUGUUGAGUCUAGGGUUCUAAUUAUUAAAACCCCGGAUGAGUUUUCAUUCGACUCGUGUUCUUGGAGAAAGAUAUCAUCAUCUUUUCCUUACUCUUACCCUUUCCGAACACAAGGUGUAUUUCUUAAUGGCUCUAUUUAUUGGAUUGGAAAGAGGGCGCCGGGUGAGGAAAACAUCGUGUGUUUCGAUGUUGAACACGAGCAGUUUAGACUUAUUCCCUCGCCUCCUUAUGGGGUGCCAUCAAAAUCUAAGCUUGCUAAUGUAGGGGAGAGCUUAGGGAUCAUAAGCUUCAAAGAUUAUGGAGAUUGUUCCUUGGAAUUAUGGGUGUAUUUUAACUCUAAAUGGGUUAAAAAAGAUGCAGGAACAAACAUUGUUGCCCUAAAAAGAAAAGGAAUUGAUGCAAAUUUCGCGUCUAUUGUAGGUAAUGGAGGCAUGCUAUUGACUCCUGAUGUUUUGUUACUUAAUUUUGUUCUCCGUUCAUUGAAUGAUGGAAAGGUUAAAGGGAUCAGAAUUUCGGGUUUGCCCGGUUGGGUCAAUAUUUUGGACUACAAGAAGGUUAAUUUUAGUGUAUUUAACUAUGUUGAAAGCCUUAUUCCAUUAGACUUCACGGUUCGAUUUGGAGACUUUGUGGCUGACUUAGCCGGUGUUCGGGGUCCAAAACAGGCUUUGCCGCCUAUGAAGCUGGUGCCUCAUGAAGAGGAUGAGGUGAUGAAGGAGUGGGAAGGUGGACUUUUGGUGUUUGGUGGUUUUGAGGGUUUUGAAAUAAUUGAGGAUAAAUCAGGUUCAGGCAAGAGAUAUAUGAAAUUGUGGUUAAGAAAAUUACCCGGAAAAGAGGGCCUAAUUAAGAGGAAAUAA